AUGGCACCAUCGCACAGAUUUUUAACAGACCUUUCUGAUGACAUGGCUGAAUUAUUAAAUACAGGUGCUGGUUACGAUGUUGUAAUUCAUGUUGGAGAGGAACCAAAUGUUAAAGAAUUUAGAACACAUUCAGUAAUGCUAGCAGCAAGGUGUCCAUAUUUUCAAACUGCACUAUCAAGUAAAUGGGCUAAAAAACAAGGAGAUAUUUUUGUAUUUCGCAAGCCAAAUAUUUCUCCAAGAACUUUUAAUGAAAUCUUACUAUAUUUAUACUCCGGAACAAUAGACUUAGUACAACAAGAUGGCAUUGAUUUAAUAAAAAUUAUCGUGGCUGCUGACGAACUAGGCCUUCAAAAAAUUGUAGAAGUAAUAAAACAAUAUUUAAUCGAUAAUCAAUCCGAACUUUUAAUUAGAAAUCCUAUCCGAAAUCCUGCAAAAAAUUUGUUACAAUGGACUGACAAAGAUUUUAUUGCAUUAAGAGAAUCAUUAAAUGAUUUAAUUCCACUUAUUAGAUGGAUACACAUUUCUUCUAGUGAUUUCUUAUAUAAAGUUCGUCCUUUUAAAAAACUUUUACCCCAAACUCUUUAUGAAGAGAUUUUAAGUUAUCAUUUGGAUUCUGGGAAUAAGCCAACUUCUCUUGAAAUUCUUCCACGAAAGGGUCCAAUUUUUGAUUCGAAUCCUCAUCUUUCUGAAAAUUCGGCUAGUAGUCCUAAUAAUAAUAGUACGAGUGGUGGUAGUUGGUGGAAGACUUCUUCAAGUUUUUUAUUUUCUUUUAAUGACUUAGAUUUCAAAAUAGCUCGAGUCGAACGACCACAAUAUGCAAUUUAUUAUGAUCGAAAAUAUGGUCCUGGAUGGGGUUACUCUGGAGAUUUGAUUAUUAAAGAUUCUGGUUCAAUCUAUAAUAGUCAGAAAUCCAUGACUUAUCCUGAUGCAUCAAAAUUUUUCCCUUAUACGACUUCAUCAGAAUAUGAUAUUGAUGAAUAUGAAGUUUUUCAAGUUGUAAGAAAACCUGGAUUUAAAAAAAAGAAUAGAGCAAGAUAUUAUUCUCGUGAGAUUGUACGAACGUUGAAGAGACAGAAUUGGAAUUAUUUUUUCAAAGUUUUAAUUAUGAUAAUGUUUACGUUGUUUAUUGGAUGGAUGAUUAUUAAAUAUGAGAUUCAUUGGAAG